CCGUUAGUAAGGAUUUUUGUGUAAUUUCAAUAGCCCUAAUUCAAAACCUCAGGACCUCAGCCGUCAGCCCUCACGUUCCUCACCUCUCUCGCUGCCUCACACGCCAUUGCUCUCUGAGACUGAGAUCGCUGUGCAGCCUGUGCUCCUUCCUUCUAGCUCCGGUUAUCUCCCUCAUCUUCUUCCCUCAAAAACUUUACUGAACUCCACCACUCUCUCUCUGAUGGAUAUUGAUGAAGAGAACAUUGAGGCCACGGAAAUGUCAACAGUCAAUCUAAGUGAUACGCAAGGUACAACAAGUGCACCAAGUCCUUCAAAGAGAAAGGCUAAAGGUAUGCGAGUAGAGUGGGGUUAUGACAAACUCUAUGGUAAGGAGUCAGGAGAGUUGAAGGAUGUUAGUGGCACAUUGUUUGCACUCUUUGGUAGUUACAUGGACAAGUUCUCUCAUCUUCUUGUAUCCAACCCAGUUAAUCAAACUCCUACUGAAAUAAAAGUUGGAGACAAACUUUUUGAGGAAUUUGAUAAUAUUUAUCAAGAUGGGUCAACUUUAGUUGAAAAAACUGAAUUAAAUUUAUAUCUUGAAGAAAAGAGACUCGAUAGAAAACAAGAGUUGGAUAUUCUUUCAUGGUGGAAACUGGAGCAAUUUCGUUAUCCCGUACUUUCUCGUAUGGCUUCUGAUGUGUUAACAAUUCCUAUCUCAACCGUUGCCUCAGAAUCAGCAUUUAGUAUUAGUGGUAGGGUGCUUGAUCAAUAUCGAAGUUCUUUGUUGCCUGAAACUGUUCAAGCCUUGCUAUGUACUAGAGAUUGGCUUUUUGGCAAAGAAGGUGAAUGUUGAAGGCAAAAAAGCAGCAGAGGAUGCAAUACAAGAAGGUUGGCAAAAAAGCAGUAGAGGAUGCAAUGCAAUAAGAAGAAAGAGAGCUAAUUGAAAAACUUUUGUUUGGAACAAAGUGAUACAUGUGAUGAAGAACAAAGUUUACGUAUUGCUUGAUGUGAUUUCGUAUUUACUUAUAUACAAAACUUUAGUAUACGCUACGAAUUAAUUGAUGUGUAAAACGUAAAUUACAUUGAGUUAUAUCAAACAAUGAGUUAGUUGUAAUUCGAUAUCAAACUUGCAAUAGACGAGAAUCAAAUUUAAAAA